CGAAACGUUAUCCCAACAAGCCAUUAUAAUUACAGUCGCACAUGCCAAUUCGUUUCGAUAAGCUUCCCUUCACAGCUUUUACCUUGUAUUUUUUAACUUUUCAUUUCAUUGAUUAUUGAUAAAUAAACCGAUCCGAUGUACGGUAUGGAAAACCAGUUGGCUGUGUUGCUCUCUCGUUGUCUAGUUCACUCCAUUCCCGGAUCCCCCUUCUCUCUGUGUCGCUGUGCAGGAGACCAGGUUGCAGAGAGAUGCAGAACUCAGAGAAAGAAAAGUGCACGACAGACCAAGUAGUUCUUCUCGUAGACCAGAAAACUCCAAAACCCAAACAGUCUCACCAAACAGAACUUAACGACGAAGCUAUCCCCGGAAAAGAAAAGCCCAUCUGUAAUAAUAACAACCCAACAACAACACGGCCACUCCGUCGCCUCAACUUCUCCAAACCCAAAUCUCGCUUCGUCGAAAACAACUAUGCAUUUGCUCCCAAAUCCACCCCGGAAACAGAACUGCUCGAACCCCUGAACCUCCAUGAGAAUUCCUCAUCAACCACUGACGACAGCGACGACGAAGACGAUUUCGGGAAGGACGAGAACGAAGAAGAGGCGCCCGAUGAAUACAAGAAGAAGAAGAAAAAGAAGAAAAUCAGUUGCAGAGCUAUAAUCGAGUGGGGUUCGUUUUUUAUCAUAAUUACCUGUGUGAUCACCUCCCUCACUUUGAAACGCCUCAAGAAUAAAUCCGUAUGGGGUCUUCAUAUUUGGGAAUGGUGCUUAACCGUCAUGGUCAUCUUCUGUGGCCGCCUCGUCUCGGGUUGGUUAGUGAGGAUUAUCGUCUUCAUCAUCGAGCGCAACUUCAUGCUCAGAGAAAAGGUCCUCUAUUUCGUCUACGGCCUCCGUAAAAGUGUCCAGAACUGCGUAUGGUUAGGCCUGGUGCUGUUGUCUUGGAAUCUCAUGUUCAACUUAAACCCAAAAGUCCACACGGACAAAAAGACCCUCAAGAAGGUUUCCCGAGCUCUCCUCGCGGUACUCRUAGGCGCGAUCAUGUGGCUCGUCAAGAUCAUUCUUGUCAAGAUGUUGGCGUCGUCAUUUCAUGUGGCUACCUUCUUCGAUCGCAUGAAAGAGAGCGUCUUCCACCACUACGUACUGGAGGCACUUUCGGGACCGCCACUGGACGAGGUGGAGAGGGAGUCGCCGCAUGCCCGGAAUCUGAAACCGUCCAAGUCGUUGCCGGCGAGGUUAAGGGAUGCGAAGAGGAUGUCCAAGUCGAAGAAGUUAGGAUCGGGGAAGAUUGAUAUGGAGAGGCUGAGGAAGCUAAGCAUGGAGAGCACAACCUCGCCUUGGAGCAUAAAGAGGCUGGUGAACUUCAUUCGGUCGACGCGUCUGUCAACGAUUUCGAGGACCGUCGACGACUUCGCCAACGCCGGGUCGGAGAUCACCAGCGAGCAGGAGGCUCGGAACUGUGCUAAGCGCGUCUUCAAGAACGUCGCUAGACCAGGAGCAAAGUAUAUUGAAGAGGAGGAUCUUAUGAGGUUUCUAAGGAGGAAUGAGAUUCAUACUAUAUUCCCUCUAUUUGAAGGAUCCCUUGAGACUGGACAAAUUACUAAGGCUGCUUUCAGAAACUGGGUGCUACCAAGUUUUACCAUCCAGGUACGAGCUUACGUUGAGCGGAAAGCUCUGGCACAUUCUCUGAAUGAUACAAAGACAGCAGUGCAGCAGCUUCACAAGCUAGCAAGUGCAGUAGUAAUUGUUAUCAUAAUUGUGGAGUCCCUACUGGUGAUGGGACUAGCUACGACAAAAGUUAUCUUUGUAGUCACAUCCCAGCUUCUUCUUGUGGGUUUCAUAUUUAAGAACACUUGCAAGACUAUGUUUGAGUCAAUCAUCUUUGUCUUUGUGAUGCACCCCUUCGAUGUGGGCGACCGCUGUGUCAUUGACGGUGUUCAGAUGAUUGUGGAAGAAAUGAAUAUUUUGAACACAGUCUUUCUCCGGUAUGACAUGGAGAAAAUUUACUACCCCAACUCUGUUCUGCUCACAAAGCCAAUUGGCAAUUUCUACAGGAGUCCAGACAUGGCAGACACUAUUGAUUUCAUCAUUGAUGUCUCGACUUCUGUCGAGGAUGUACAUGCUCUUAAGAAGGCCAUACAAGCAUAUAUAGAGAGCAAGCCAAUAUAUUGGAGCCCAAAACACUCAUUGAUAGUAAAGGAGAUUGUGAAUGUGGACAAGAUGGUGAUGUCUUUGUGUGUGUUACACACCAUGAACCAUCAGAACUAUGGCGAACGAAAUAAUCGCAGAUCGGAGCUUAUUUUUGAACUGAAGAAGAUUUUUGAGAACCUUGGAAUUAAGUACCAUCCACUCCCUCAGGAGAUCCAUCUAACCCAAGUCCAGGUGGGAAAUACAACACCGAUGCAAUCUUGACAAAGCUGGUCCUGCUGGAGUAUGGUGGAGUACAGUUAUGCCAGCAAGAAACAUAGCAUUAAUCUUGAUCUUUUUGAACCAGUCUGCCAUGAUUUUCCAAAUGAAGAGAUCAUCCAAAUUAGCAAUUAGACUUCUAUCUUAUAAACAUGUAUGUGUUCCAUUUUCAAUUGUUAAUACCACGAGGCUUUGUAUUGUGGUAUAUGUGUUGGACAGUUUUUGUAUGCCCUUAGCUUCAA